AUGACUGCACGCAUUCGCGCCCGCGCUCUGCUGCGAACUGCUAGCCAGGCGCCAGCGGCUGUCGCCCGCACACGAUUGCCCACACAGUCGUUGCUUGCGAGCCCCUCGCCAAUUUGCAAAACUGCAGUGCGCCGCUAUGCAGUGCCUUCCAGCUUUCGUGUGCCGGACGCCGCAGAGCUCGAGUCUUCCGUUCGCCGUAUCUUUCCAUCGGCACGAUACUCAGACUCAAGCGCAAGUACCAUCGACUACGACCAAGCAUGCUCACUGCUGACCAAACUGCUCAUCCAGCUGCGCACCACCGCCGAUCUCCCCUCGGCCGCAGAUCGAGAGGCCUAUCAAGCCUCGGUCGACAACGACAUCAUCUCGAAUGCCAAAGCUUGGGGUGUCGGCUCAGGUCAUCUCACUGAGCUCGCCAAUGUGCUCCUCUCUGCAUCCUCGGAUCCGCGUCGACAGCCACUCGCUUUCCGCCUCUUCGAAGUCGCGCAUCAGUUUGGCUCCGACGAUGCCGGCUACUUUUGGGCCAGCAUGGUGCUGCAGAAUACCGCGCCUCCGCCUCCCUCGGGCGAUGCCAAGGCGAGAGUGCAGCGUGCCUUGUCCCUCUAUCAAGAGCUCUCCGACGCAGGCAACGCCCGCGGCUCGGUCGGCGUCGCACGACUUCUGCUGCAGCGCAUCCAGCGCGGUCAGGUCGACAAGGCACAGUGGCCCGCUCUCAUUCAACAAACGGUCAACCUCUAUACAAAGGCGGGAGAUAACGGUCUCGCAGAAGCAUGGUACGACCUUGCCACCCUCUUCCAGGAAUCGCGCUUCAAUCCACCCGAUCCGAGCCGCGCGAGAGCGUAUCUGGAAAAAGGUGCCGAGCUUGGCCACUCGGGGUGCUUGUUCGCGCUUGGCAUGCAGCACCUGCUGGACGAAGAGGCGGGCGACAAGGCACAAGCCUUCGACCUCUUCAAACGCGCAGCCGAACAGGGCGACGCGCAGAGCAUGUUCCAGGUCGGCUCGUUCUACUUUCUGGACCGCGACAAGCUCGCACAGCAUCCCGAUGUCACUGGCGGAGACAAGACCAUGAAGCAGGCGCACAAGGACAGCUUUGGCGUCGAUCCGGACGACGUCGAAGCUCGCUUCUGGCUCGAACAGUCGGCUCAAUCCGACUAUCCACCAAGCAUCUUGCAGCUGGCCACCUUGCUCGGUCAGCAUCGCGCGCUCGACCCCGGCGCUCAUCAGAAGCGCGGCCUUCGCACCAUCGACAAGACCCAAGCCGACCAGCUCUCGUAUGCCCUUUUGGCCAAGCUGCUCGCCAUCCUCAAGACGUCCGGCAACCUGCCAUCUCUUCCUUCGCAGAAAGGCCAGUGGUCCAACAGCCAGUUCCAUGCGCUCAUCCCGCACGCCCAGGCCAUGUACGAAAAGCUUGAAAAGAAGCUCGGUGAUGCUCCUAAUGAUAGCGCCCUCUGA